AUGGAAGGAAAGCCGGACAUUAUAAUUGGAAAUUAUACAGACGGAAAUCUAGUUGCAUCACUCAUGGCAAACAAGCUUGGAGUAACACUGGCCAAAAUAGCACAUUCCUUAGAAAAGACAAAGUAUGAAGAUUCAGAUGUCAGCUGGAGACAGAAGGAUCCGAAGUACCAUUUUUCAUGUCAGUUCACAACAGAUAUCAUUGCAAUGAACUCGACAGAUUUCAUCAUCACAAGCACAUAUCAAGAAAUUGCAGGAAGCAAAGAUAGACCUGGCCAAUAUGAAAGUCAUGCAGCAUACACUCUUCCAAGACUAUAUAGGGUGGUUUCAGGCAUUAAUGUUUUUAAUCAAAAAUUUAAUAUUAAUGCACCUGGGACUGACCAAUCUGUCUACUUUCCAUUUACAGAAGCACAAACACUUUCAUCCAGCUAUUCAAGAGUUACUGUAUAA